CCACACAACACCACACAACGUACCACUGUGCUCAGCUAAUCUUUAUUUUUUGUAGAGACGGAGUCUCACCACGUUGCCCAGGCCUCGGCCUCUUAAAGUGCUGGGAUUACAGGCGUGAGUGUGAAGUGAACAGCGGCUCAGGGAGGCCAACCAGGGUCCAAGAAACCCCAUCCCUGCUGCCUCCACUGGUCCAAAGCUAGUACCCCCAGCCAGCAUGACACUCAUGUCCCAGACAUUGUGGGUCAACAGAGAGAAAUUCAGAUAGCUAAGAGAAUGGAAACGGACAAAGGAGGCACAGGAGGAUUCCGUGCCAGAGUCUGGAUUGGUCACCCCCGUUCAGGUUCUGCCUGAGGAAAGGAGAAUGGGGUCCGGGCACAGUCAGCUGGACAGAGCAUCUGAAGACGGCUUGCACCAGAGCCCUCGUGGCUGAAGGAAGAAGCCAGGGAGUGAGUCAGCCCCAGGGCUUGAUGGAACAGACAGGAACUAGAUGAUCUAGUAAGGGAGAAGCGAGGCUGAGCAAGAGACAGCCCAGGCUCCCUGGCUGCCACUGCCUAAUCUGUCCCCCUUCACACAUCCCACACACAGUGUUUAGACAGAGCAGCAGAGAAGAAACAGACAUCCUGGAUCCCGCGGGGAGCAGGCCGGGGCUGGGAACAGGAGGUCUGUUUAUUCCUGGCAGUCCCAUAUUAGAAGGGUCCCACACCCACUUCUGUCAGGCCCCAGGCUGAACUCUCCCAGAGCCUGUGACUUCUGCCCCACCAUAUCGCGUGGUUCUGAGGGCCGGCCCUGGAACCCUGCGUCCUCCCCACCCACCAGCUCCCUCGAGGAUGGAUUUGAGGCUGGAUGCUUUCGUCUUCCCACUUUUUGUCCCAACAGAAGUCUCUCCUCUUCAGGAUCCCUGACUGUGCAGAGCUGGCAGAGCCACACUCCGCGGACCUCCAGCCCUUCGGGCCCAGCUCUCCUGGAGAGCACGGAAGUCCCUUUGCUCCAUUUACUUCUUCAGCCAGGAAGUGUUUCCUAAUGUCUCACCCCCAGCGCCAGCUUUCCUGCUGCAGUUUCCGCCUGUUCCCUCCCAUUUCAGGCCUUAAGGGCGUGUGGCUGGGCUUCUCUCCUCCCCCUCACUCCAAAGCCGCACUUGAUAUAAGGUGGAAAUUGAGGCACCACUCCUCCUGGCUUCCCAGCCUUGAACUUGCGCUUCCCUCUCAGUGUACCUGGUUUCCUCAGUUUCCCUGUGCAGCAAAAGUGUCACUCCCCUCUUGCUUUUCCUAAGCUCCCCAUGUGCCUCUCUCAGCGGAUCUGUCUUAGAGGGGCCAGGUGCAGAGAAAGGCAAAAAUCCUAAUAAUGUUCCUAGCGAUCGCUGCCUGUCACGUCACGGAGUGCUGAAGGACCAAGUGCUGAUCUGAGUCCUCAUCACACGGGACCUCAUUUAGUCUCACGAUAGGCGAGUACAACUCUGGGCCCCAUUUUACAGAUGAGGAAACUAAGGCAAGAGAACUUUAGUCAUUUGCCCAAGUUCACCAGCUUUUAAAAGGAUCCAGACAGCUCUGAUUCCAGCGCCAGCUCAUGCCUCUUCAUCAUGGGGGAGGAAAGAGAGGGAGUCGUUUGUUGGAGCAAACCCCCACCCAUCAAGGCCAAGCCACUGGCGUAUAUGCAGCCAUAUGUGUUAUCCUGUGAUAUGCCCCACCACGACCUUAAUUAAUUAGAGGUGGUUUAUCUUGUUCCCAUUUUAACACAGGCAGAAACCAAGGCCCAGUAGUACCUUACCCAGGGUCACAUCCCCAGAGCCUUUUAUCCUUCAUAGUUCAGAACUUAGAAAGCAGUUGAGAAAAGUAUGGAAUGACCACAGAUUCAGGAAGGCAAGUCUGGCCUUAUAAACUGAAAGGCCCAUCAGAUGAUGGGAUGGGGAAGUGAAGAUCCUCAGGCCCCAAACACCCGCCACUGCCGCCACCACACACGGAAGUGUGGAGGGAGCCUGGUGUACUGUCAACUGACUGGCCAGUCCAGGGGCUUAAAUGUAAAUGCAUCAGCUGAGGCGAGAAGUCAGGAGGGCCAGGACACCAGACACGGUCCAAACCCCUGCAGGUCUGGCUGCAGCAACUCCCUGACACUCAGGAAGGCCCAGGCUGGGCAGGCAAUACCUGCUCCCAACAGCCAUGCAUGCCGGCUGCCACUCCAGGACUCCCCUGUCCUCAGGACCGAGAUGACGCCCAACAGCACUGGCGAGGUGCCCAGCCCCAUUCCCAAGGGGGUUCUGGGGCUCUCCCUGGCCCUGGCAAGCCUCAUCGUCACGGCGAACCUGCUGCUAGCCCUGGGCAUUGCCUGGGACCGCCAUCUGCGCAGCCCGCCUGCUGGCUGCUUCUUCCUGAGCCUGCUGCUGGCUGGGCUGCUCACGGGUCUGGCAUUGCCCACGUUGCCAGGGCUGUGGAACCAGAGUCGCCGGGGUUACUGGUCCUGCCUCCUCCUCUACUUGGCUCCCAACUUCUCCUUCCUCUCCCUGCUCGCCAACCUCCUGCUGGUGCAUGGGGAGCGCUACAUAGCAGUCCUGAGGCCACUCCAGCCCCCUGGGAGCACUCGGCUGGCCCUGCUCCUCACCUGGGCUGGCCCCCUGCUCUUUGCCAGUCUGCCCGCUCUGGGGUGGAACCACUGGACCCCUGGUGCCAACUGCAGUUCCCAGGCUAUCUUCCCAGCCCCCUACCUCUACCUCGAAGUCUAUGGGCUUCUGCUGCCCGCUGUGGGUGCUGCUGCCCUCCUCUCUGUCCGCGUGCUGGUCACUGCCCACCGCCAGCUGCAGGACAUCCGCCGGUUAGAGCGGGCAGUGUGCCGCGAUGAGCCCUCGGCCCUGGCCCGGGCCCUUACCUGGAGGCAGGCAAGGGCGCAGGCUGGAGCCAUGCUGCUCUUCGGGCUGUGCUGGGGGCCCUAUGUGGCCACACUGCUCCUCUCAGUCCUGGCCUAUGAGCAGCGCCCGCCACUGGGGCCUGGGACUCUGUUGUCCCUCAUCUCCUUGGGAAGUGCCAGUGCAGCGGCAGUGCCCGUGGCCAUGGGGCUGGGCGAUCAGCGCUACACAGCCCCCUGGAGGGCAGCCGCCCAAAGGUGCCUGCAGGGGCUGCGGGGAAGAGCCUCCCGGGACAGUCCCGGCCCCAGCACUGCCUACCACCCAAGCAGCCAAAGCAGCGUCGACCGGGACUUGAACUAAAAAGGAAGGGCCUCUGCUGACUCCUACCAGAGCAUCCAUCCAGCUCAGCCACCCAGCCUGUCUCCACUGGGCCCCACUUCUCUGGAUCAGAGACCCUGCCUCUAUUUGACCCCACACUGACUAAAUAAAGCUCCUCUGGCUGUU